GGAGUGUUGUUUCUCGACGGCGUCACGGGUUUCUAUGGAGCUUGGGUCUGAGAGGGAUGGACGUGUGCUGGGUCCUCACAACGCUGCUGACUAGUGCUGUCAUUGGAGACGCGUGGUCUGCCAUCAACGUGACGGUGGUUCCGUCUCCCACGGUGACGGUGGCGGAGGGGUCAAAUGUCACGCUGACGUGCCGCGUGACUCAGCGACGGCGUUCCGGCUCGCUGCCCGUGGUGCGCUGGAUGUUCUUGCCGGAACACGCGGAACGUCGCCACGGAGACGAGGUUCUAGUGGCGCGCGUCAACAUGCGCCGGGCCAAGUUCUACGGAAACUACACGAAGAGCUUUGGCGCCCCCAAGCUGCGGCUCACGGUAGUGAAGCAGGGCCACACCUACCAGCUGCUCCUAUUGGCCGCGGCCCACGGCGACCGCGGGACCUACACCUGCCGCGCCCAGGAGUUCCGUCUCCACCGGGACCGCUGGAGAGCACACACCAACAGCUCAGCGUCUACUGAGCUCAGAGUGCACAUCCACCCAGCCAGCGUCCCCAGAGAUGCCCUGUGGAGUCUGUUUGAAGACGUAUAUCUGUGUGCGGUACUCAUCUGCACGGUGGGAUUGGUGUGUGUGUGCCUGUUCACUCUGGUCGUCUGCUGUCAGUAUUUACAGAGGAAGAGGAGACUAAAAGAGAACUACCUUCUAGUCAAGAGUCCCCAGAACAGCUCUGGGGAGACGGUGACCAGUCUGGUUAGUGCGUCUCCUGCUCUUCCUAAGAAGGAGAGGAAGUACAAGAACAGACCACACCCACUCCAGCAGGACACGCCCCCAGAGAUACCUGCUAAAGCUCCCAUCGGGGAGAAGAUGAAGAAACCCAAACUCAUCAAAGCUCCUCAGAGGAACCUCCUCCUGCCGAAGAUCGUGGAGGAGUCUCUGACGUACGCAGAGCUGGAGUUGGUCAAGGCUCCGCCCACCUCCAAGGCUCCGCCCACCUCCAAGAACAACUGCUCCGGCACGGUCUACGCACAGAUCCUGUUCGAGGAGCAGCACGUGUAAACAACAACAACAACAACAACAAACAAACAAACACAGAUCCUGUUUGAGGAGCAGCACGUGUAAACAACAACAACAACAACAAACAAACACAGAUCCUGUUUGAGGAGCAGCACGUGUAAACAACAACAACAACAACAACAAACAAACACUGAUCCUGUUCGAGGAGCAUCACGUGUAAACAACAACAACAACAACAAACAAACACAGAUCCUGUUCGAUGAGCAGCAUGUGUAAACAACAACAACAACUAACAGAUCCUGUUUGAGGAGCAGCACGUGUAAACACAAACAACAAACAAACACAGAUCCUGUUCAAACGAGCAACACGUGCAAACACAAACAAACCAAGUCACUCUGUUGGCCCCUACUCACAACAUAUUUAUAAUGUAUUUGACUAUUUUAUGGACAUUAUACUGGACUAAUGUUUCUAACAUAGUUUAAUUGUAAUAGCUCUGCUAUGUUAUGUGUACAUGUACAGCUGUGUUGAUGUGAUUUUUAUGUGAAGCAUUGUGUAGCAGCAGUGAAGACAGAAGCCUGAACUGAUACUUUACAUGAUGUGGCGGACUUUCUAUGCGUGGUGUUUGAGAGUGUGUGUGCAAGUGUGUGU